AUAAAUUAAUGGGUUAGACAGAUAGUAAAUAAGAGAAGGAUUUUAUGAGAAAGAUAGACUCGUAGUAUGAGUUUAUCAAAAAUUUGAAUGAUGCAAGUGAAUGAUAAUAAUUAUAAAGUAGGAUAUGGAGAUGGUAAAUUGUUCGGUAAGAAAAAUGAGAAGUCAUAGAUGAUUGUAUUAAAGAAUAUAAGUGUUCCAGAUGAGGCUACUUAUUAAGCAUGGAAGAAUAAAUUAUAGAUGAGAUAAUAGUUAAAGCAUCCAAACAUUAUAGAAUUAAGAGGUAUAAGAUAAUAAACAUUAUGAUUAGAAUCAAUAUAAGCAGAAGAAGAGUAAGUAUGUAGUACUUUUUAUAAAGUAAACUUAGUAUUUGAAUACAUACCUUAAACAUUAAAGGAUGCAAUUGAAUAAAGAAAACUAGCAGGUGCUUAUUAUCCAGAACAAGAGAUUUUGAAAAUGUUAGAUGGAGCAAUAGAAGGAUUGGCUAAAUUUUAAGAGUUGAAGAUUGCUCAUUAAAAUUUAAGAGUACAAACACUCUCUUAUUAGAAUGGGAAUAUUAAAGUGAGUGAUAUUCCAUUAUUAGCUAAUAUUACAUCAUUUGUUGCUGUCCUUUAAGAUUAUGGAGAUGCAUCUUAAGGCAAUUAUCUCUCUCCAUUAUUAACUAAAGCAGUUUAUGAAAGUAAUCAUAUGCCAUCACAUAAUUUAUUUAAAUCAGAUGUUUAUACUUUAGGAAUGAUAUUCCUUUAAGUUUGUUUACUUUAACCUUAAGAUAAUUGUUAUGAUUACUUUGAAGGUAAAAUUAAUUAAUAAUAAUUGGCCACUAAUAUUGAUUAAGCAAGAACUAUUUAUACAUCUGAACUUGUUGAAAUUAUUGAAGAAAUGCUUGAGUAAGUAGAAAAAGAUAGACCUGAUUUUAUUUAAUUAAAAAAUAAAAGAAAACAACACAUUACUAAAUAAGAACCUUAAUUUGUUGAGAGAAGUUCUCAUCAAUAAGAAGAUGAUUAUCAAAUGAUGUUCUAUUAAAAUAUCCCUAAUUAAUUUGAAGUCAAUCAAUCAGUUUAACCUUCAUAUUAAGAUGAAGGACCAUCUCAAUUAUUAGAAGACAAUUUCGAUGAAUUACAUUAACCAUUGAAAGAACCUCAUCCUGCUAGUUAAAAUGAACAUGAUAUUUUAAUUCAUAAUGCAGAUAUCACUAGAAAAUCUAUCUGUAUUCUAUAUCCAUAUGUCUUUAGCUCCUAUGAAAUAGAAUAAUUCUAUUGGAUAAAUCCAUAAAAAUGAUAUCCAAGUUUAACCAAUCUCUUUCGCAUAAAAUAAUAAUAUUAUUAAUCAUGACAUUUAUAAAGUGCCUGAUCUAUAAAAAUAUAAUGUCAAAUAUGACUCUUAUACUAAUACUAGUCCAUAUAAAGAUUAAGCCAAUUUUAAAAAAUAAGAUGCAUUUACAUAAUCAAGUUAAGUAUUUAAUAAUAAUAAUAAUUAAUAAAAAUCCAAUAUUUAAUUACAAUAAUAUGUCACUGCUUAUUAACCAUAAAGAGAAUCUCUUAAAGUAAAUGAUUAUAUGGAUAAAUUCCAUUUCUCAUCACCUAAUGAUAUUAAACUAUUUGAAUAAAAUAAUCAUAUUGAUUACAAUCAACCAAAUAGGGAAUCUUAUCAAUAUUAUUCUGCAUAACCUUAAAGUAGAUUUAUGUCUGCUUAAUAAUAAACAAAUUAUGUUCCUUAUUAAGCAAUAUCUCAACAAAUUCCAAAAUAGAAUACUUCAAUUUAUGUUAAUGAAACAUAUCCUAAUGGAUAAAGAUAUGUUGGAGAGAAAACUAAUGGUUUAAAAGAAGGAAGAGGAAGAUUAUAUUAUAAAGAAGGAGGAUAUUAUGAUGGACACUGGAAAAAUGAUAGAAUUAAUGGAUAAGGUAUCUUUUGUUAAUAUUUAUUAUUAAGGAGUCCUUUAUUAUGCAAGUGGAAGACCUGCUUAUGAUGGAUAAUGGGUAGAUGAUAAAUUUUAAGGUUAAGGUAUCUUAUAUAAUGAUACUCCUAAAAUUGAAGAUAUUAAUUAUAGAAAUCUAGAAGAUAUAGGAUAGUAAUUUAUUAUUUAAUUUUUAAGUGGAUGGACCAAAUAUGUUGGACAAUUUUAUGAUGAUAAUAAAAAUGGAUCAGGAACACUCUAUUUUUUUAAUGGAGAUCGCUUUGAAGGACAUUUUUAAGAUGAUUAAGUCUAAGGAUAAGGUAGAUUUAUUUCAAUCGGAGGAUAAGUUAUCUAAGGAAUUUGGAACUUUAAUCAUCUUGUAUAAUGA